UAGUACCGUACGAAACUACGCGACGUCGAAACCGCUUUUACGUCCGCGCUAAUAAAACUCGUUGAAAAUGCAUACAUCAAAAUGGUAGAAUCGCUACAAAUGUUUUUAUUUCUAUUUAAAUCUAAAUACAGACGAAAAUGUUCAUGGUUCUCGCCAUUCCUGUGUUCAGUGCUCAUAGUGUUAUUGUUCUGUGAUGGUGUUCUGUCUAAGUGUGGAGAUCAUACUUGUGUAAACGGUGUGUGUAAAAAUGAUAUGUGCGUGUGUUACGAGGGGUGGCAGGGUCCGGAGUGUCAGUACUGCGGCGGCAAAGUCAAUUUAACAUCACCAACGGGCUUCAUAACGGAUGGCCCAGGCAACUAUAGUGUUAGCACACAAUGUUCCUGGCUGCUCACUCCCCCCAGACUUGGGCCAACGCCUCCACCGCUACGGGUGCGACUCGAGAGCUUUGCAACCGAGUGCGGGUGGGACCACCUUUAUGUAUAUGACGGUGACAGCGUUAGAGCUGAGAAAUUACUUGCUGUGUUCAGUCGGGUAAAAACAAGCAUUUUACACGAGUGCUAUACCUACCUAGUCUGGGACUGGGAUGCCGUCUCCUCAUUUUGCGAAGCAGUCAUGCUAGCUAAGGAGGAGGCGGGACGCGUGAGGCAGCGAAGCGCUGCUUCCUCGCAACCCAGCCAUCGCGAAGGACACACCGGGCGUCGGGGAUCGCGGGACGAUCUCCGGCCACCUGGUGUCUUAGAAAAUGGGGAGUCAAGUUGGACGAGGCAGGUGAUAGCUCGUUCAGGCAGCGCGCUGCUGCACUUCUUCAGCGAUGAUGCAUAUGCCAUGGAGGGGUUCAACGUGACGUAUGCUGCGUACUCCUGCCCUUCCAAUGAUCAUAGGACUAAUUGUUCCAAUCACGGUGAAUGUGAAGAUGGAUCGUGUAGAUGUGAACCGAAGUGGACUGGAGUUGCCUGUGAUGAGCCUCUAUGUCCAGAGGAAUGCAACGCAGCGUACGGCGGCGGUACGUGUACGCGCGCGGGCUGCGCGUGCUCCGCGUUGCGGCGCGGCAUAGCGUGCGCGCGCGACGCCUGGCGCGCCGGCUGGGCCCCGCCCACCCACAGCGGGGACACGCCCCCCGUCGCCGCGCAUGUCUUGUUGCCAUAUAAGACAGCAGAACAAGAAUGGGAGGUGCUCCCAACGUACGACAGUCCGGCGGCGAGGUUUGCGCACUCCGCCGUGUUAUACGGACACGAGCUGAUCGUUUAUGGAGGGGUUGUUAUUUCUGAUGAGCCAGAGAGGGGUGGUGGUCUAGCAGGCUUAGAAGGUCGUGCAGGAGAGGUAACAAAUGAGAUCUGGCGCGUCCGACUGAAUAGUGAGAGACCACAAUGGCACAACGCUACACCAGUUACUUGUUCACCGCAUAGACAGCCGCCUUUGAAGCAUUGUGGUGGUCUCCACGUAUCUGGACACACAGCUGUACUGGUCUACUUAGGAGUCACGAAGAAACCCGUGAUGUUAGUCUUCUUCGGACAUUCACCGCAUUAUGGAUACCUACAUUUAGUGCAGGAGUAUUACGUGGACGAGGGAGUAUGGGCAGUAGCAGCGACGCGUGGCUGGGCGGCCCGCGCGGGCUUUGGUCACGCGGCGGCCUGGGACCCACUGUCGCGCCGCGUGUAUCUGCACGGCGGACUCGUGUCGGAGUCCGAGGCCACGCAGGCUCCAUCAGCAUCACUUUUCGAGUACGAUCCAGAACUAAGACUGUGGCGCCCUCUACAGUCGGCGCCGACACCUAGAUAUUUACACACAGCUACGUUUAUUACACCAGGCGUAAUGUUAGUAUUCGGCGGUAAUGCCCACAACGACAGCGCGGCGGCGCUAGUGGCGAGUCCGGCCGCCUCCAAGUGUUACUCCGCCGGGGCGCUACUCUAUGAUGUCAGAUGCGGAGUAUGGUGGAACGCCGCGGGUCCCCGCGCGGGCGCCCGCGCGGCGCAUGCUGCGGCCCCCAUACAUACCAAGGAUAGACGCGCUGUACUCAUACAUGCGGGAUUCGACGGGCGCCUGCGGUCGGACGCGCUGAUAUUCGAGGCGGGCGAGGGCUGCGGGCGCCACGCCAGCGAGGCGGCCUGCCUCACUGCCGCGCAGCAUACUGCCGUCGCCUGCGUCUGGAGGGCGCGCGACAGAGCUUGUUUGCCCCUGGAAGAAGUGGGCUGGAAAGAGUCAUUCGACGGCACUGUUAAGGCGUGCCUCACGGAGCCUAGGUUUGGUAAGGACGAGCGGCGCUGCAGUAUGGCGGAGUCGUGCGCGGCCUGCACGGCGGCGCGCUGCGCCUGGUGCGGGGCCUGCUACGUGUCCGCCAUGUACUGCGUGCGGCAUACCCACCAGAUGGCGCUGUCCAUAGAGGAGUGCGGGUCAGACAGCGAGUCCCCCCGCGAGGCGUGCGGCCGGUACCACUCCUGCGCGGCCUGUCUGGCGCACCAACACCACCAUACACAUGGAUCUGAAGAAUUAAGUCAACGAGCUUGUUUCUGGGACUACGAUACGAUUAAGUGUAAACCUGUCAAUUCAUCUGAAGAUAUAAGGAGCGUGGCCGCGGCGGAACGCAUACGGCGCGUCGUUCCCGCUGGGCGGCUGCCGCGCGUGGUCGACGUCGAGCGGCGCGGGCGGCGCGGCGGGGUCGUGCGGCGCGGCGCGCGGCUGCGGCGCGCACGCGUCGUGCGGCGCCUGCCGCGCCGAGCCGGCGUGCGGCUGGUGCGACGACGGCGCCGGCACGGGCCGCGGCCUCUGUCUGCCCGGCGGCGCGCGCAGCCCGCACGCGCCCCGCGUCUGCGCGCACCACAGACCUGUUAUAAUACAAAACCGUUCCCCCGUAGAUGGCACUUCACGGCGUGUCCGGUGUGCCAGUGCAACGGACACAGCGUGUGCGCGGCGUCGGGGCGCUGCGUGCAGCCCUGCGCCGGCCGCACCGUGGGCGACCACUGCGACCAGUGCGCGCCCGGACACUGGGGCUCGCCCUACAACGGGGGCGUCUGCCAACCGUGCGAAUGCAACGCGCAAGCAGUAGCGUGCGCGGCCGACACUGGGCGCUGCUACUGCAGCACGAAGGGGCUGGCCGGGGACCGCUGCGACAAGUGCGACAAUACCAACCACUACCACGCAGACGUACACAACAAGGGCGCCUGCUACUCACGAAGGGGCUGGCCGGGGACCGCUGCGACAAGUGCGACAAUACCAACCACUACCACGCAGACGUACACAACAAGGGCGCCUGCUACUGUAAGUACACUCACGUCGCAGCCGUGGUUGACUGCACGGUUGACUGCUACUGCAGCACGAAGGGGCUGGCCGGGGACCGCUGCGACAAGUGCGACAAUACCAACCACUACCACGCAGACGUACACAACAAGGGCGCCUGCUACUGUAAGUACACUCACGUCGCAGCCGUGGUUGACUGCACGGUUGACUGCUACUGCAGCACGAAGGGGCUGGCCGGGGACCGCUGCGACAAGUGCGACAAUACCAACCACUACCACGCAGACGUACACAACAAGGGCGCCUGCUACUGUAAGUACACUCACGUCGCAGCCGUGGUUGACUGCACGGGUUGAUGACCUGGCAGUGGACUACCAGUUUACCUUCAACCUAUCAAAGAAAGAGGACAGACACCUCUCAGCAAUAAAUUUCCGGAAUGCUCCCGUCAAACCAGAUGUCGACGCGGACUUUAGUAUAACGUGCUCUGCGCAUGCUCGGAUGAAUCUUUCUGUCCGGACGAGGAGUGAUCCCACUGAAAGACUGCUAUUCUCCGAUGUUAAUUGUACUAGUUUUAGAUUUAAAUUCGCGAAGUCAGAGCACGCAUUCGGCGUAGAGGACAACGUGACGCUUACGACGUUCUUCGUGUACGUGUACGACUUCAGACCGCCAUUGUGGAUACAGAUAUCGUUCUCACAGUACCCUAAGUUGAAUUUACAACAGUUCUUCAUUACAUUCUCAUCGUGUUUCCUACUACUAUUGCUGGUAGCUGCAGCAUUGUGGAAGAUUAAACAGAAAUAUGAUAUGUAUAGAAGACGGCAGCGUCUGUUCGUGGAGAUGGAGCAGAUGGCAUCGCGGCCAUUCAGCCAGGUCUCCGUUGAGCUGGAGAAGGGAGGUGCCGGAGCGGGCGUGCCUGCGCCGGUGGCGCUGGAGCCGUGCCGCGGGGGCCGCGCGGCCGUGCUGUCGCUGCUGGUGCGGCUGCCGACGGGCGGCACGGGGCGCGCGCCGCCGCUGGGCGGGCUGGCCGUCGCCUCCGCGCUCGUCACGCUCGGACACCACGCCGCGCCGCUGCCGCACCACAAGCGGCCGCGCCAUCACUGACACGAUACAAACACCGAUUGUAUAUAGACAAUGUAUGUAUGUAUUGUACAUAGGACACACGUAGUGCAUUGCUCAAAAUAUGAAGUUUUGUAAGUAAAUACUCAGUUAGGUAUCGUAUUUGUAUGAUAUUAUGAGCCCAUUGGUUGACAGCCAGCGUGAUAACUAUGAAUAUUUUUUAGCGAUACAAUUUAUAUUUUGUUUUGUAGGUGUUUAAUUGUAACUGGAUUUGAAAAUUUAAUUAUUUUCUUUUAUAAAUGCUUAUGUCUUGCCUUAUACAAUCAUAGGUAAGAGUAUA